UUAAACAGGUACCCCUUUUCAAAAAACUAGUUGCGUGUAAUGCUUCAAGCAGUUCGGAAUUGAGAGUCACAUAAAAUUGAGUAUUGAACAAAUUUGUUGAAAUAUUUAAGCAUAAAAAGGAUGACAACUGCAUUUAUUAUUAACGGUUGUAAAUACAACGUAAAUCUUACAAAUUUUCCACCAGAUAUCACCCUUAAUACGUUUAUACGAGAACAUGUACAGUUAACGGCUACCAAAAACAUGUGUUUAGAAGGCGGAUGUGGCGUUUGUGUGUGUGUCGUUAAAGGUAAACAAUCCGUCAACGGCGAAACCUGUACAUGGGCUGUUAACUCAUGUUUGACUUUGUUAAACACAUGCAUGGAUUGGGAGAUUACAACAGCUGAGGGUAUUGGCAACAAAAAUAUUGGCUAUCAUCCAAUCCAAAAACGUUUAGCCAAGAUGAAUGGCACUCAAUGUGGCUUUUGUUCUCCUGGUUUUGUUAUGAACAUGUACGGUCUUCUUGAAUCAAAAAAAGGAAAUGUUACAAUGAUGGAGGUGGAAAAUUCCUUUGGUGGCAACAUUUGUCGAUGCACUGGAUACCGACCGAUAUUGGACGCUAUGAAAUCAUUCGCCGUUGAUAGUACUAUACAGGUUCCGAAAGAAUGUAUAGAUAUCGAAGAUUUCGUGCUUACCGAUUGUCCCAAAUUCGAUUCGCAUAUUAAGUUGGCCCGUCAAAAGCUUUCACAUUACUUGACAUAUCCCGACGGUACACAAUGGUAUUGGCCACGUUCACUUUCUGAACUAUUUGAAGUACUAUCUAAAAUACACAAUGAAAAAUUCAUGCUUGUCGGAGGAAAUACAGCCCAUGGUGUCUAUAGGCGUCCAUUAGAUCUAAGACACUUUUUCGAUAUUCACGCGGUGCCUGAGUUAAAGCAACACUCCAUAACUAAUGACAAAUUGACACUGGGUGCAAAUAUAAGUUUAACUGAAGCCAUGGAAAUUUUUCAACGAGCUGCCCUGAAUCCUGGUUUCGAAUAUUGCCAACAAUUGAGAGAACAUUUUGAUCUUAUCGCAAAUCUGCCAGUUCGUAAUACUGGCACACUUGCUGGCAAUAUCAAUUUAAAAAAAUGCCACCCAGAAUUUCCUUCAGAUGUAUUCAUAACAUUCGAAGCUCUAGAUGUCCAAGUUAUUGUUGCAGACGACGUGUCUACAUGGAAAACCAUACCACUUAAAGAAUAUCUAGCUCUGUCCAACGAAAAAAUUAUUAUUAUUGCAUUCGAAUUAAAAGCCUAUCCAAAAGACCAAUUUUUUUUCAACUCUUACAAAAUAAUGCCAAGGGCUCAAAAUUCGCACGCCUAUGUGAACGCAGCAUUUUUGUUACAUAUGCUAGAAGGAAAAGUAAUAUUUGCUCGUAUUUGUUUUGGUGGUAUAAGACCCGAUUUCGUACAUGCCAAUGAAAUAGAAUCGGCCUUAGUUGGUCAGAAUUUAUUUGAAAAUGACACUAUUUCGAAUAUCUUCCAAAACCUCAUUAGCCACCUACAACCCAAUGCUAUUCUUCCUGACGCUUCUCCAGAAUAUCGAAAUAAUCUUGCCGCUGGUUUACUUUACAAAAGCUUCCUGAAAAUUGCACCUGAAGACAAAGUGAAGGACGCAUACAAAAGUGGUGGCGACUUACUUCUACGACCCCUUUCAUCCGGAACUCAAUCUUUUGAAACUAUAGAAAAAUAUUAUCCAGUCACUGAAGCUGUGCAAAAACUUGAAGCCAUGAUACAAUGUUCCGGUGAAGCAACGUACAUGAAUGACGUACUAACUUCUUCAAACUCUGUUUUUUGUGCCUUUGCUAUUGCAACAAAAGUUGGCGCAAAUAUCGAAAAGAUUGAUGCUUCUGAAGCUUUGCAAACGCCAGGUGUGAUAGCUUUUUAUACAGCAAAAGAUAUUCCGGGAACUAAUUCAUCAUGCGACCCAUUGUUCGGCUAUGAAUUUGAAGAGAUUUUUUGUACAGAUAUUGUUAAAUAUUAUGGCCAACCUAUAGGCGUAUUGGUUGCACAAACAAAUGAUAUUGCGAACCGUAUUGCCUCCAAAGUAAAAGUGACAUAUUCAAGCAGUAUACAUAAUAUUUUAACAUCAACUAAGGAAGUGUUUGAAGCACAUGAAAUGAAACGUAUUAAUAUGAUAAAAACUUCGAAGUUCGAUGAAAUAAAAUUUUCACAGGAACCAGAUAUUAAUGCUAAAGGUCUUUUUGAAAUGGGUGGACAAUAUCAUUUUACAAUGGAACCCCAAACUACUGUCGUUGUUCCUUUCGAAGAAGCAUUUCAAGUUUGGGCAGCAACGCAGUGGAUGGAUCAUACUCAAAGUGUAAUUGCAAAAAUGUUGAAACUUAAAGUAAACAAUGUACAAUUGAAGGUUCGUCGCCUCGGUGGUGGAUUUGGAAGUAAAAUUUCUCGUGGAAACCAGGUUGUCUGUGCUGCAUCCUUGGUGGCAUACAAACUAAAUCGACCAUCUCGCUUCGUGCAAACCAUCGAGUCGAUGAUGACCUCAAACGGAAAACGAUGGGGUUGUCGUAGUGAUUAUGAUUUUCACAUAAAAGCUAAUGGAAAAAUUGUAGGACUUAAAAAUACAUUUUAUCAGGAUGCGGGGUGCACACUCAAUGAAAAUCCGAUUAACGGACAUUCUGUUGUUUGUGCAAAAAAUUGUUAUGAACUCCCUGACAUAAGCACUAAAAUAGUGGCCGAAGCUGUCAUAACCGAUGCACCCAGUUCGACAUGGUGCCGUGCACCGGGUUCGGUUGAAGGAAUAGCAAUGAUUGAAAAUAUACUGGAACAUAUUGCAUUUGAAGCAAAUAUAGAUCCUGUGGAUGCACGAUUAGCUAACAUAAAAUCUGGAAACAAACUGGAGGAGCUACUACCGCGAUUUGUUAAUACAACAGAAUAUCGUCAUCGUCGAAAGGUAAUCGACGAAUUCAACGAGAAGAAUCGUUGGACUAAACGAGGGCUUGGUUUGGCUAUUAUGGAAUAUCCAAUUUUUCUUUUUGGUCAAUUUCCAGCCACAGUAUCCAUUUAUCACGCCGAUGGUACUGUAGUUAUAUCUCACGGAGGAAUCGAAAUGGGUCAAGGCAUGAACACGAAAGUUGCUCAAGUAGCAGCCCAUACACUUGGUGUACCAUUAUCUUACAUUAAGAUUGAGUCUAGCGACACUAUCAACGGUGCUAAUUCUAUGGUUACUGGAGGUGCUGUAGGGAGUGAAAGUCUUUGUUUUGCCACUAGAAAAGCUUGCGAAACUCUUAAUGAACGUCUUAAGCCAAUUAAAAACUCACUUGGAAAGGAAGCUAACUGGCUGAAUGUUGUACAACAAGCGUGGGCAAAAGCAAUAAAUAUGGUAGUUAGUGAACAUUAUAAAGAAGGUGAUAUGCAGAAUUACAGUGUAUAUGGUUUGUGCCUAACUGAAAUUGAAGUAGAUGUAUUGACGGGAAAUAAUCAAAUUAAACGUGUUGAUAUAUUGGAAGACGCUGGUGAAAGCCUUAGCCCCUACAUUGAUAUUGGUCAAGUGGAAGGAUCGUUUGUUAUGUUGCUAGGUUAUUGGCUUACGGAACAGUUGAUAUAUGAUCGGACAACAGGAGAACUUCUAACUAAUCGCACGUGGAAUUACAAACCACCAGGUGCAAAGGAUAUUCCGAUUGACUUUCGCAUAGAACUGCUGCAGAAAAGUCCCAAUUCAGCGGGAUUUAUGCGCUCAAAAGCAACAGGUGAACCACCAUGUUGCUUAGCAGUUAGUGUAAUUUUUGCCAUUCAGCAUGCUUUACAAUCUGCUCGUAAAGAUGCCGGGCUAAAGCGCGAAUGGGUUCGCUUAGGCGCUCCAACAACACCUGAGACUAUCGUACUGAAUGCUGGAACAGAUGUGUCAAAAUUCUCUCUAUCAUGAUUUGGCACUCGGUAAAAUUAAUUACAAAGAAUUUCGUGUAUUGUUAAAUAUUUACAACUUUUUGGUGACGGGGAAUGAACUACGAGUAUUACAUAAAUAUUCAUUCGUUUUUUUGUUUGUUUUGCUUAAAUAAAAAUAUUGCAAUUGAA